CCGGUUCCUACUGACGUCAUGGUUAGGGUGAAGGCGAAAAAUGGCGGAAUGUACUAUUUCCCGUUGCUCCCAUGAGCGACGUGUAUUUCGAAAAGAAUUGCACAAAUGGAGCAAAGAAAUUCUAUAUAUUCUUGGCUUGGAGCGGCUGGCAGAAGAGCUGAUGGGAGCACGAAAAUGGAGAAUUCUUGUACAGCCAUUUACUGACUUAGAAAGUGAAACUCCAGUUGAUUGGUUACCAGAAGACACAUGCUAUUUUUGUAAUGCUAAGAAACAACCGCCAUAUGAUCCCGCUAGUGGAAUUAUCCCUACUGUUGAUGGUUAUAAUUCUUUGCGAAUUGAUACAGAUGAACAUUCAGUAUCAUCUGAUCAGGGCACUGUAUCAGGUUCCUUUACCUCGUGCGCCUCAGCAUUGUCGCCUUGGCGUAUUGCUGCCUUAUCCUCUCAAGGUGUCUCAAAUUCGCCCCCUUUAUUGGAUCAACCUUUAGAUUUAAGCAUCAGUUCUUUAAAACAGUCUUUAAAUGAAAGAAUGGUAUGCUCCAAUAAAAGCCGACAUUCAAAACACACAACAAACUAUGCUGAUGACAGUGACAUGUGCACAAAUCCUGUUUUAAAAGUACCUCAGAUUCCUUUAAAACCUGGGCAUCGUAGGAGAUUAGAUGCUAAUUCUAAACGCUCAUAUACUGAAGAUGAACUUCAAGCUGCAUUGAGAGAUAUCCAAAGUGGUAAACUGGGUACUAGAAGAGCAGCUGUGAUAUAUGGCAUUCCUCGCUCAACUUUGAGAAAUAAAGUUUACAAAUUGGCCAAUGAAUCUAAGAGUCGGGCUCAUGGCCGAAGAAUUCAGCCUAGUGAAAGUAUUGCAAAAAAUAGAGAGCAGAACAAAAGUUUUAAUCUUAACACAGAAUUAGAAGUUCCAGUGUAUGACAGUGAGAAUAAUAAACAUAAUGUGUCCUCUGCAAGUGAAUCACUCCGUCAGUUAUUAAAACACACUAUUACUCAGAAAGUUCAAAGUGCUUCAAAAGUCUCUGAGAAUAAACUAAAUAGUGAUAAUAGUAUUCAUAUCGCCCGUAUGUCUGAUGUUGAUUCCAUGGAUGAAUUGCAAGUGUUUAGUAGUCUAGAAUACAGUCAAACUCUUGCCCCAGUUUUAUCGCAUGUAUUCUCAGAUAUACAACACUUAGCCCUAGUGAAGUCUAAAGAAAAUAUCCAUUGUACCAGCCAAUCACUUUCUGCCUUAAAAGAUGACUUGAAGUUACCUCUUUUACCUGAUAUAAUUCGCCGAUUAGCUGAAGAACGAAUGGAAUUCGAGAAAGAUCCCCACAAAGACUCAGAUGUCGAUAACCACGGUGAAUUGACUGAAUUGCCAUCAUCUGGUACUUUGUCAUCUAAUGUGAUACUGAAAGUUCCGUCCUUUAAACCUGCUAAAUCUCCACCCAUGAGCAAUGAAACAGAUGAUCCUUGUCUCCCUGUUGUAUCUUCCUCAUCUCCUCCGCCAGGAACUUCUAGUCACUCACACUCAGGGAACAAAGGGAUUACUGUUACUCUCAAGGAGCUCAUUUCUAGGAGCAUUAGUCAGAAAAUUAGCAACAGUCUUAAGGAUAGAGUCGUUGAUGAUGAUCCUAGUGUUGAAUUUUCUUACAGCAUGUCUAACAUGGACAGUCCAGCCUGUAAUUUACCUUGGGGUGUUGAAAGUUCAUCGAAAGAGGGAAAAGAGGUCUUAUCAAAUACAAACAACUCCUCAAAUUCUUCUGACAGCUCCAAAUCUGAAAAGCGCACUCGCCCCAAAAGGGGACGUUAUCGUAACUAUGAUCGUGAUAAUUUGGCUCGUGCUGUUAGAGCAGUUCAAAAAGGAGAAAUGAGUGUACAUCGAGCUGGAACAUUUUAUGGUGUUCCACAUUCAACUUUGGAAUAUAAAGUUAAAGAACGUCAUUUAUUAAGGCCUAGAAAGAGGGAUGUUUUUAAUAGUACUGCUAUAUCUGAUGCAUCUGAACCUGUCUCCACUUCAAAAUUAAAUAGUUUUUCUGUUGAAAAUAGUAUGAGUGUUAAAAAUUUAAAGAAUAAUAUUAAUCAAAUAGCUAUAGAAGCAUCAAAUGGAUUAUCAACUGAUUCAGAACAACCUCACCGUCCAACAAUGGGCUCUUACCCGUCCCCUUUAUCAUUGUGGCAGAGCAUGAGCAUGCCUUUUCUGUCUCUGGAUUUUUCACAGUUAGGUUCAAAUAAUUUUUUUGCAUCUCAGAUGAUGCGUAAGCUUCAAGAGAAUGCUAGACUUCAUGAAGAAAUGCAGAAAAAGCGAAAAGGUCAAGAUUUUGGCCUAAUAGAAAACCUAAUAAAAUCAACUCUUGAAAGAUCUAUGUCUCCAGAUAGUAAAUCGCCAUUGCUUUUAUCUGCUGAUUCUGUAGAAUCUUUAUCAGGCUAUAAAGGAAACGAAGAUAUUAAAGAUAAAUAAUAUUUUGACCAAAGUUCAGUGAUUUAGCUGCUAGACAUUGCAGUGCUUUAUGCACUCUAAACAGCUUCUGUUUGUGAAGGAAUUAGUUCUUGUCUGUUUCAAGGGUGCCUUUUAAUUAGGCCUAAUUGUCUCCUGGUCUGAGGUGUCCAAGCUAGUCUUUAAACUGCUGUGAUCUAAAUGAACUGGAUUGACUACAUUUAUGCAUCUUCCUAGAAGAAAGAAAUGUGUUUAUAUAUUGAAACAUAAAUUUUACAUUUUGGAACAAAAAGGACCGUAUAUACAAAAUGGAAGAAAUAUAUAUUAAGUAAAAUAUUACUUAUGCAUAAUGCCUUGGUUAUGAAGAAAAGCUCUUUAAUUGUACAUAUAUUAGAAAUAAUAAAUUCGAAAUAUAUUCAGUUUUACAUGUCAUGUGGUCUAAAAUGCAUUUGCUUUUGCAUAUUUAUCCUUUUAAAUUCCUUCAACAAACUUCAGAGGCUGGAAAAAGAAAGUGCAUUAUUUUUGUUAAACUAUGUUGUAUAUGUUAAUUAAUGUAGCAUUUGAUACAGUGUUUUUCGAAAACUGAUUCAGUAAUUUUCAUUUGUUCUUAUGCUACAUUUCUAUUAAAUGCCGGAGAAAAUACUUUGUAUUGUAUAAUGAAACAUUUUUUUUUUUGUCAGUAUUAUCUUUUAAAAAAAUAAUGCUUCAUUUGAUGAAUUUACUUUUUUUUUUUUUUCCCCCUUAAGUAAAAAAGGGCAGUAUUUUAUUAUUUUAACUGAUCAGAUUAAACAUUAAGAAAUCUGUUAGU